CUGACCGAACAAGUGUCCAACGGUUUCCCGCACUCAAUAUACAAAUAUAUAAUCUCAAAGAUGUCAUACAAGGUUGAAGCUGUGCCAGAUUCCUAUGCCGCCCUGGGCGAGGGACCCCACUGGGAUGUGGCUCGUCAGAGUCUUUACUAUGUUGACCUGGAAUCGGCCGGCAUUAAUCGCUACGAUUUCAAACAAAACAAAGUGUACAAGGCCAAGAUCCAGGGUGAGGUAUUCGCCUCCUUCAUCCUGCCCAUUGCGAACAAGCCCCAGGAAUUUGCCGUGGGAUGCACACGUCGCACUGUCGUCGUCCAAUGGGAUGGCAUUUCGGCGGUGGCCAAGGUGGUGAGGACCCUCUUCGAGGUGCAGCCCAACCACAAGGAUAAUCGCAUCAAUGAUGCCAAAACAGAUCCUAAUGGGCGCUUCUAUGGCGGCACCAUGGCCGACAGCGGUGACAUCUUCACCCAAUGGAAGGGCGAACUCUAUAGCUGGCAGGCCGGAGGACAGCCAAAGGUCCUUAAGGAAGCUGUGGGCAUCUCCAAUGGUUUGGCCUGGGACGUUAAGGCCAAGAAGUUCUACUUCAUUGACACCAACAACAAGGAGGUGGAGGCCUACGAUUAUGACCAAACCACUGGAGCUAUCUCCAAUCGAAAGGUCAUCUUCGAUCUGAGGAAACUCCGUCCCGAUGGUCCCUUGUUCCCCGAUGGCAUGACCGUGGACACGGAGGGCAAUAUCUAUGUGGCCACCUUCAAUGGCGGCACCGUCUUCAAGGUUAACCCAAGCACUGGCAAGCUACUGCUGGAGAUCAAGAUUCCCACCACGCAAAUCACCUCGGUGGCCUUUGGAGGUCCCAACUUGGAUAUUCUCUAUGUGACGACAGCCGAUAAGGUUAAUCAGCCAAAGCCAGCUGGAACGCUCUUCCAGGUCACAGGUCUCAAUGCCAAGGGUUAUGCCGGCGUGGACCUCAAGGUCUAGAUUAUAAAUGUAUCAUAGAUUCUAAUAAAAUUAGCAAGCAUUUUGGUGUGUAAAUAAAGGUGAUAAAAAACUACACUUCUUAAA